AUGCUCUAUACAUGUUCUUACAACAGUCAACAUUGUUCAGCAGCAGAUUUCAUUUCAUUUACAACAUCAGCCUAUGGACUCUGCUAUACAUUUAAUGCUAAAUUGAAAAAGGAUAGUGUUAAUAGUAUACGCUAUGGAAAUGAGAAUGGUGGUGAUGGAAGACUUGAAUUAGGUCUCUAUGUUCAUAGUAAUCAAUAUGUACCUUAUUUUGUAGACGGUAACUAUCAACAAUGUGGUCGUGUUAAUCCUUAUAUUUGGAAAAUUCUAUCGAUUAUUUUGCCAGGCACAAACAAUAUUAUCAUAGCACCUCUUUGCGAUUUAACCGAUAAUUGCACUAAUCAAGCUGCGGAUACCUACUUGGCAACACCAUCGGAUGAAAAUGAUCCUGAUUCUUACUGUUCACAAGAAUGUUCAAUAACAGAUUUUCUUUUUAAAAAAUCUUCACUAUUAACACCACUCGAAUGGUAA